AUGACCGGCGCGGCGGCCCAUGCGGUGGGCCCCCGCGGCGGCGCCUCCGCGUCCGCGUCCCAGCCCCACGCCGUAGCUGCCGCGGCGGCCGCGGGGACCGGAGCGGCGGGGUGCGAGCCGGUGCGGAAGGCGGGGCCCGUGACCAUGGAGCACGUGCUGCUCGCGCUGCACGAGACGGAGGCCGAGCGGGAGGCGCGGAUCCGGGACAUGUUCGCCUUCUUCGACACCGCGGGCCGCGGGCAGCUCGACUACGCGCAGAUCGAGGCGGGGCUCGCCGCGCUGCAGGUGCCCGCCGAGUGCAAGUACGCCAGGGAGCUGCUCCGCGCCUGCGACCGCGACCGCGACGGCCGCGUCGGCUACGACGACUUCAGGCGCUACAUGGACGACAAGGAGCUCGAGCUCUACCGAAUCUUCCAGGCCAUCGACGUGGAGCACAACGGAUGCAUCCUCCCCGAGGAGCUCUGGGACGCGCUCGUCAAGGCUGGUAUAGAGAUUAAUGAUGAGGAGCUGGCAAGAUUUGUUGAGCAUGUGGAUAAGGACAACAAUGGGAUUAUUACUUUUGAAGAAUGGAGGGAUUUUCUUCUACUUUACCCCAAUGAGGCGACCAUUGAGAACAUUUAUCAUCACUGGGAAAGAGUCUGCCUUGUUGAUAUAGGUGAACAUGCUGCUAUACCAGAAGGCAUAAGUAAACAUGUCAAUGCAAGCAAAUAUCUUAUUGCUGGAGGGAUUGCUGGUGCAGCAUCUCGUACUGCAACUGCUCCUCUGGAUCGCCUUAAAGUGAUCAUGCAAGUACAAACAACGCGUACUACAGUCAUGCAUGCAAUUAAAGAUAUCUGGACUAAAGGUGGCAUGCUGGGAUUUUUUAGAGGGAAUGGAUUGAAUGUUGUAAAAGUCGCUCCAGAAAGUGCAAUAAGAUUUUAUGCCUAUGAAAUGUUAAAAGAAUAUAUUAUGAAGAGCAAAGGAGAAAAUAAGAGUGAAGUUGGUGCUUCUGAACGUCUUGUUGCUGGUGGUUUAGCUGGUGCAGUGGCUCAAACAGCAAUUUAUCCUAUAGAUUUAGUAAAGACUCGUCUACAGACUUAUUCAGGUGAGGGUGGUAAAGUUCCUAGAAUUGGUCAGCUCUCAAGGGAUAUUUUGGUGCAUGAAGGUCCCCGAGCUUUUUAUAGAGGUCUUGUUCCAUCUUUGCUUGGUAUCGUACCUUAUGCCGGAAUUGAUCUUGCUGUAUACGAGACUUUGAAAGAUGUGUCAAAGACAUAUAUACUGAAGGACAGUGAUCCUGGCCCUCUAGUACAGCUGGGUUGUGGGACUGUCUCUGGAGCUCUAGGGGCAACAUGUGUUUACCCUUUACAGGUCAUCAGAACAAGACUGCAAGCUCAACAAGCCAAUUCAGAAUCUGCCUAUAGAGGAAUGUCUGAUGUCUUCUGGAGAACCCUACAGCAUGAGGGUGUUUCUGGAUUCUACAAAGGAAUUCUACCAAAUCUCCUUAAAGUGGUGCCUGCUGCAAGUAUUACCUAUAUGGUUUAUGAGGCGAUGAAGAAAAAUCUGUCUCUUGAUUAA